CGGUGCCGCGAGAGGGCGGGGCGGGCGCCGCGCGCGGCGUUUCCGUUGCUCGGGUCUGGCGCCGCACGCGCUCGGGGCCGCUGUGCGCCGCCGCCAUGAAGCCGAGAAAAAACACAAAACGAGUUCCGAGCUUUCGUAAGUUAUUGAGAACUAGUAAAAUAAAACUCGACAACAAACUCAAGAAUAAACAAUAUAAGCAACAGAGUGCUGCUAAGAAGUAUCGAAAAGAACAAAAGAAGCUAAGGCAGGCUGUCAGAGAUGCUGUCUGUAGAAAACCUGUUCCGUUGGAGGAAUACAAGAAAAAACAAGUUGCUGAAAAACGAGAGGAAGAAGAGGAGGAAGAUGCUCUUCCACUGGACAUGAUGGAUGAGGAUGACUUGAAAUUAAUGGAAGAUUUGGCUCAAAAAGCAUCCUUUUUAACCAGAGAUCUUUCUUCUAAUGAACCCGUUCACAUCAAGAAACGAAAACAUGAAAGUGUGAUUGACAAAUAUGAGAAGAUGCCAAGACGCAUGCAGACUGAGCCGGAAAAAGAACUUAUUCAUCUGCUCCCCAUCAAAGACAAAGGUGGCAUUAUUCCUCAAACCGUGGAGAAGCCAGUUCUAAAUGUUGCACAGGAUGAAGAGGAGGAGGAUACAGAAGAAAUGGAAGUAGCAGAGGACUCUAAUGAAGAACCCCUGCCUGUUCUCACUCCUGAGGAAAUGGCUGCUCAGAGGAGAAGAAAGCUGCAAGAAAGGAAGAUUCACAUCGCUGCUUUAGCAUCUGCCAUUCUCUCUGACCCAGAAAACAAUAUUAAAAAGUUGAAGGAAUUGCGUGCCAUGCUGAUGGAGCAGGAUCCUAAUGUGGCUGUGAUUGUUCGGAAGUUGGUCAUGGUUUCUUUGAUGGAGAUAUUCAAAGAUAUUGCUCCUUCUUACAAAAUUCGGCCUCUGACUGAAGCAGAAAAGGCUACCAAGGUUAAAAAAGAAACUCAGAAACUAAGAGAAUUUGAAGAAGGCCUUGUGAGUCAGUACAAAUUUUACUUGGAAAAUCUGGAACAAACUGUUAAAGAUUGGAAACAAAGGAAGCUGAAGAAGAGUAAUGUCAUCUCAUUAAAAGCGUAUAAAGGUCUAGCAGAGAUUGCAGUGAAGUGUCUGUGUGAGCUGCUUGUGACCUUACCCCACUUUAACUUCCACAAUAACAUUAUUGUUCUGAUUGUUCCUCUCAUGAAUGAUACAUCAAAAAUGAUUUCCGAACUGUGCUUUGAGGCAGUAAAAAAGCUCUUUAAACAAGACAAGCUGGGCUUUGCUUCACUCGGUGUAGUUAAGGUCAUUUCUGGUCUUGUGAAGGGUAGAAAUUACAAUGUCAGACCCGAGGUCUUAAAAGUAUUUCUUCACUUAAGAAUUAAGGAAGUAGAACUAAAAAAAGACUCUGAAGACAUUGCACCAAAGAAAAAGUUCAUGACUUACAAAGAGAAAAGAAAAAAUCUUUCAAGAAUGCAAAGAAAGUGGAAGAAAGCAGAAGAGAAGCUGGAACGAGAACUCUUGGAAGCAGAAGCUUCAGAAAGUAAAGAAAAAAAACUGAAGCUGCACACAGAGACUUUGAAUAUUGUAUUUUUAACGUACUUCAGAAUCUUGAAGAAAGCUCAGAAGUCUCCGCUUUUGCCAGCCGUGCUAGAAGGUCUUGCAAAGUUUGCCCAUCUCAUAAAUGUGGAAUUUUUUGAUGACCUGUUGAUUGUUCUUCAUUCUCUCAUUGCAUCGGGGGAUUUAACCUAUCGGGAGACUCUUCAUUGCAUUCUCAGUGCUUUCCACAUACUCUCCGGUCAAGGUGAUGUUCUUAAUAUUGAUCCAAUGAAGUUCUACACACAUCUUUAUAAGACUCUGUUCAGCCUACAUGCAGGUGGUACCAAUGAUGAUAUAGGGAUUGUGCUCCAGUGCCUGGAUGUCAUGCUUGCCAAGCGAAGAAAGCAGGUUUCCCAGCAACGAGCUCUUGCUUUCAUAAAGCGACUUUCUACACUUGGUCUCCAUGUACUUCCAAACUCCAGCAUUGGGAUCUUGGCAACAAACAGGGUGUUAAUGCACACAUUCCCAAAGAUGGACCUCCUGCUAGACAAUGAAUCUCAAGGCAGUGGAGUUUAUCUCCCAGAACUAGAUGAACCAGAGCAUUGCAAUGCUCAGAACACAGCUCUGUGGGAGCUUCAUUUACUGCAGAGACACUAUCAUCCAAUAGUGCAGAAAUUUGCAGCUCACCUCAUUGUUGGAGCGCCAGCUGAAGGCUCAGGAGCUCUCUCACCUGAUUUGAGCCGAAGACCUGCUACAGAACUUUUUGAGACAUACAGCAUGAAAGGAAUGACUUUUAAUCCUCCUGUUGCAUCAGUAACACCCAGAAGAAAGGAUACAUUCUCACAAACGGAGUCAUUUCUAAAUGAAGAGCUAAAUGAACGGCUUCAACAACACAUCAGUGAGACUGCUGUUCACAAACCCUUGGAUUUUGCUAAACACUUAAAGGAAUCAUCCCUCUCAUAAAUAUUUCUGUCAAUCAUCAAUCACAUUCAGUUGACUUAAUUAUGGAGAAAGAGUAGCUGAAAGAAAUUUUCAUUCAUUUAAAAGAAUUCAAGUAGGAUUUUGCUUGAAGAUAGAAAAGCAUAAAAAAAAAGAAAACAAAACCAAACAGUUCUUCACACAGUUAAAACCCCUCUCCAUUUCAUCAACUAGCCUGUGUUCUCCAGACUUGGGAACCACAAUGAUCAGUAACUGAAAAAAGAUAUGAAAACAGGUCAUUUAAAAAUUGUUUGCAACCAUGUAUUAUAGUAUAAUAAUUUUGUUUACAUACUUUCUUAUUUUUCUAAUAGAAUAUACAUAUAUGUGUUUCUGAAAAAUCACUGGAUCGUGUUGAUAAAUGAAUACAUUUUUUGAAAUGUU